AUGCGUCUUCUCAUCCUCAUCGCUCUGUUCGGCAUGACUGUCGCUAUGCGACAACAGGCUGUCGGAAUCAAAGGAAAGCUCAUGUGCGGACCUCAACCUGCUUCUGGAGUUAAAGUUAAGCUCUGGGAUGAAGAUGAUGGGCCAGACCCAGACGAUGUUUUGGAUGAAGGCUACACUGCUGGAGAUGGUAGCUUCCAACUUCAAGGAUCCGAAAGAGAAUUGACCAACAUCGACCCCGUAUUCAAAGUAUAUCACGAUUGCGAUGAUGGUAUUAAGCCCGGACAGCGCAAAGUCAAGUUCAGAAUCCCAGACAAAUACAUCAGCGCUGGAGGUGUUCCUAAGAAGAUCUUUGACAUCGGAAUUUUGAACUUGGAGACCAUCUUCCCCAAGGAAGAGAGAGAUCUUCUGUAA